UCGUGUGGCUCCAGAACGAGGUCGUGUGUUGUUAUCACUCAUACCAACCGAUCGUCUGCUCUGCAGGUAUUACGGCAUGUCGUCUGCUACGGGAAUCAUAAAUUAUGAAGAACCGUGGCUUGUAUUGAUCGUGUGAGGGGCGGAUUUGUCUGUGCAACUCGCAGACUGCCGGCGAGGAUAGAGACAGCGUGUGGGGUUUUCAGUAUAUAUGAUGGGAGACUACGAUGAACACUUCGCUUACAGCCGGCAAGACGCCAGAGCUAGCCGUCAAAGCACGCGCUCUGGACGCGCACGCAGUCCGACAAGCCACAGUGACCAUGGGUCGCUCAUCAGGCACAGCAUCCUUCGAAUGUCGGAGGAAAAACGCGCCAAGAAAGUGAGAUUUUAUAGAAAUGGGGACAGAUUCUUUAAAGGCAUGAUCUAUGCUGUAUCACCUGAAAGAUUCAGGACUUUUGAGUCCCUCAUGGCAGAGUUAACCCUUAGCCCGCUGUGUGACAAAGUGGUGCUUCCAAAUGGUGUCCGACACAUGUUUACCAUGGAUGGGUCUAAGAAAAUAACAAACUUGUAUGAACUCCACGAAGGUGAGAGUUACGUCUGUGCUUCUACAGACGUGUUCAAGAAUUUAGAAUACACAACAAGUUCGUCCCCAAACUGGAAUUAUAACAACAAAUCUCGCGGUGCUGACUCACAAGAUGGUGGCGCCUCGGUUGCCAAGGACACGUACGAGAAUGAAAACAAAGGUUUCACCCUAAAGCCAAAGUUGGUUACAAUUAUACGGAAUGGAAGUAAACCACGCAAGGCAGUGAGAAUACUACUGAAUAAAAAGACAGCACACUCGUUCGACCAGGUUCUUACGGACAUAACAGAAGCAAUCAAACUCGACAGUGGUGCCGUCAGGAAAAUAUUUACGCUGGAUGGUCGACAGGUGUGUUGUCUGGCAGACUUCUUCAGCGAUGAAACAAUAUUUGUGGCAUAUGGUCAUGAGAAACUAUCGGUGGAUGACUUUGACUUGGAUGACAAUGAGGUUAAAAUGGUUGGCGCCUACAAAUCGAUGAAUUUCCAGCCCCAGAGAAUUACGUUACGCUCGCCCAAGUUCCCACGGCGAUCGUCUUCAUCAAGGAGUCUCAACAAUGUCAACUCUGACCUUGGACUACAAUGGCAGCAAUCUACGUCAAUGUAUCUUCCAGGUAUGACAGCACCGCGGUCGGCAACUUCAUCGCCCAAGUCACCACGUAAAGUCAGGUCAGCUGGCACUCCUAAGCACCGGAUGACCAAUGGGAGCAGCAUGAGCAAUGGAACCAAUGGCCAUCACAGAGAGUUGCCUGAUGUCCCCAACUCCCUCCUGGAGAGAUACGACAUAGGGAAGGUUAUUGGAGAAGGGAAUUUUGCCGUCGUCAAGGAGUGCUUAGACAGAUUCAACAACAGAAGGUUUGCCCUGAAGAUUAUAGACAAGGCCCGGUGUAAGGGCAAGGAACAAAUGAUAGAAAGUGAAGUGUCAAUACUUCGUAAGGUGAAGCACCCUAACAUCAUCAUCCUGGUGGAGGAGUUCGACACUUCCGCCGAGCUGUACCUGGUCAUGGAGCUCGUGUCCGGGGGAGACUUAUUUGAUGCAAUAUCCUCGGCCACGAAGUACACAGAGCGUGACGCGAGUGGGAUGGUCUACAAUCUGGCCAGUGCUCUCAAAUAUCUGCACACUCUAGGAAUUGUGCACAGAGACAUCAAGCCAGAGAACCUUCUGGUGUGUGACCACCCUGAUGGAAGCAAGUCUCUGAAGCUGGGGGACUUCGGCCUGGCGACCACCGUGGAUGAUGUCCUGUAUGCUGUGUGUGGAACUCCCACCUACGUUGCCCCGGAGAUUAUAGCAGAGUCAGGUUACGGGCUGAAGGUCGAUGUGUGGUCUGCCGGAGUCAUCACCUACAUACUGCUGUGUGGAUUCCCUCCCUUUGUCAGCCAAAGCAACAACCAGGAUGACCUGUUUGAUCAGAUCAUGAUGGGAAAGUUUGAAUUUACUUCACCAUUUUGGGAUGACCUGUCUGCAUCAUCCAAGGAGCUGAUAUCCCACAUGUUGACUGUGGACUCAGAACAGAGAUAUACAGCAGAUGAAGUCCUUGCUCAUCCCUGGGUUGCUGACGACACUGCUAAGGAUGAGGAUCUCCAUGACAACAUAGCCAAGGGUCUGAGUGCCCACUUUGUGAGGAAGACCAAGCAGACUGUUGCUGGUAUCCGGGUCAUCACUACAACGGCACUGGACAAGGGAUCCAGAUUUUUUCAGGGGAGAGGAGGUGCCCCCCUCACGCUCCACCCCCGGGGAUCCGAGACUGCUGAUGAUGAUGAAGUAUUCUGAUUGGGUGACAAGUAAACAAACAGUCCAAUGAGAUGGAUGACUUGAUACAAGGCUGACAGUUGUCCGACAAGGACAGGUUAUGAAGAACACUGAAUGGAUAUACUUGAGAAUUACAAGAAAGCAUUCUCAUUGGUUGUCCAUUUGCAUCCACCCAUAAGAGCAAUGUGAUGAUUGGUCGGUGUUGUGUGCAAUUCACCCAUCCUGAGCCAAUCAGCUUCUGGAUAUUCUUGUUACAUAUUACUGUGGCUUAAACAAUCCUUUCUGUUUCAAAUUAUGAAACACUGUCUUCAAUCUUUUGUUGUUCUUGGCACACAAUAUUCAAACUUUGACAUCAUAAACUUUUGAAGAUGAUACUCCUCUGUCAUCAGUGCUGUAUAUGUCUCCAAACAACUUCAUGGCUCUGUCUGGCUACUUUCAUUCCAUUAUCACUAGUUUAAUAAUUCCCAUAGCAAAUAUAUACUACUCAAAAGAAGUUGGGGACAACCCGAUUCUUUCAUAUCACUGUCGUUAAUCUGUCAGGCAUGACAGAUGCACUUCAGUAAUAUAAAAGAAUCAGGUGAUCCUUAACUUUUUUGAGUAGUGUGUUAGUCUGUCAUGGCAUGACAGAUGAACUUUAGUAAUAUGAAAGAAUUGAGUGUUCCUUAACUUUUUUUGAGUAGUGAGUUUAUCUGUCAGGCAUGACAGAUGAACUUCAGUAAUAUAAAAGAAUCAGGUGAUCCUUAACUUCUUUUGAGUAGUGUGUUAGUCUGUCAUGGCAUGACAGAUGAUCUAUAGUAAUAUGAAAGAAUCAGGUGGUCCUUAACUUUUUUUUAGUAGUAUAUUUAGUGCCACCAUGAGAUGUCCCAUGGCUUUAUGUAGCUACAUGAAUGUUUUUCUCCUCUGCUUGGUGUUGCUGAACAUCUUCCCAAAGGUAAUGCGGCAUAGAACGGUUGUUAUCUUUACUUAGGGAAUAACGUGAUUGGAAUCUGUCCUGGUUUUUUUAAAUUUGGAAUAACUGAAGAAUAUAAGCUAGAGUGUUUGGUCUCAUCUCAGGAAACACAGAUGACCUCCUUUUCAGUUAUUUGAGACAAGGCACUGGUUUAAAGUCAAAUUGUUAAAGUCAGUGAGCAAAGUUAAUCAUCAUGAAGAAGAAUCGUAUUUAUCAGUGAGAAUGACAUACCAUGUGACAAAAUUUCCCGAUAUAUGUUUAGACUGUCACCUUUGAGAUUUUUAGAAGGAUAGAUGUACAUCAAAUUUUCAAUAAAAAUAAAACAAAUGAAAUAAUAGAUUGAACAUGACAUCUUUUAGUCACAACCAUUUUAAAAUAUUUCACAUUUCUACGAUUGCUUUCACGUGUCAUUUUUAUGAGUGCUAGAUAUAUACCGGCACCUUCAUGCACCAAAGGUCAGGGGGCAUUCAUGAACAUAUGCAUACAUAUAUACAUUGAAAAGAAAUAAGGGAUGGCAUGGCAAUAAUGUUUGGCAUUUUCUAAACAAAUUGUAACAUUUUCCAGAAAACCUGAAUAAAAAAAAAUAAACGUUAGUAUUAACAUUAUUGCAGUGUUGCUAUCACUUGGUUUUUUUUCACCUGUAUAUUACAGGACCGUGUCUUAACUUCCCAGAUCAGACCUCAGGAUCUCCUCUGUUCAUGGCAGGUACUACUUUCCUGAAUAGCAACACUGUGCACCAUUUUCAGGGCACAGAACAUACCACUCAGGAUUUCCUUUCCGCUGACAGGUACUUCUCUCCCAAAGAGCAACUGUAUGUUUAAUUGUGCACAUGCCUAUUCAUGUCAGAGAUCAGACCACUCAGGAUUUCCUAUUCGUUCAGACAUGUACUGCUUUCCUGAAGAGUAACAAUGUGUCUGUGCACUUCUGUAUGUAACCUAUUGGAACUCAUAUGAGAGCCACUACUUUUUAAACGUGAAGCUGUCAAAUUUAUACUUUAUUCAUGUUGGGGAUCAGAUCUCUCAUGACAGGUACUACUUUCCUGAAGUCCAACUGUAUGUUUGUACGCUUCAUUCAUGUUGGGGAUCAGAUCUCUCAUGACAGGUACUACUUUCCUGAAGUCCAACUGUAUGUUUGUACGCUUCAUUCAUGUUGGGGAUCAGAUCUCUCAUGACAGGUACUACUUUCCUGAAGUCCAGCUGUAUGUUUGUGCCCUACAUUCAUGUUGGGGAUCAGACCUCUCAUGACAGGUACUACUUUCCUGAAGUCCAACUGUAUGUUUGUACGCUACAUUCAUGUUGGGGAUCAGACCUCUCAUGACAGGUACUACUUUCCUGAAGUCCAACUGUAUGUUGGUGCGCUACAUUCGUGUCAUGAACAUAGCUUUACAUUUAUUGUUUCAGUCUGAUCUCCAAAUAUUUUCAGUAUUACGUGGCUCAACAUUUCCAUGCAUAGUUCUGUCAUAUUAUACAAAUUAGCAAAACCAAAAUAGAUGUAAUGUUUGUGCAUCACUUUUUAUGGAAGCAUUCGUGACGAACUCGUGUUAUUCCGGGACAAGCUGAAUAGCGACUCGUUCCCCUCUCAUGGCCAUUUUUGCAACCGGGUUCUGUCUUAGCGCAAACGGGCAUACCUAAAACAAUUGUCAACUCCUUGCAUAA